AUGGUCGAUAUUAGAGGACCGUGCGCGUACGAUCGCUGCGAGGCUCUGGCUGACGAGGAGCUGGUCGUGGAGCCCUGCACGAAGCACGUGUGUGCUCUAUUACCUGCCGUGAUCCGUGUUCGAAGACGCCAGCUCAAGCAGGGGGAUCCAUUUGAGCCAAUCCGAUCAGAAACUACCUCCGGGGCAACAAAGCACAAAACGCUCUACAGAGAGCAAACCUAA